UCUGUUACAUAAUUGACUGGCGUUUCCACAUUAUUGCUAAGGGUUUAAUUACAACUAGAGGUUGAGCGCGCGCAAUGCGCACGCAAAAACUCUAGUUUAUAUAAUAUAAGGAUAACUUCUUAGUAACGGAGUGACACAAGAACGCAGGUCAGGACGUUGAUAUCUAUAUUAACUCUGAUUUACUAGGACCGGAACAAUGUUACAAGUUCUUCUUGACAGGUGCCGUAGAGCGUAGCCAUGGGAAUAACAAUGAAACAAGUAUGCAUAACAUGAGGAAUGACUGUCGUGUCCUACAUAACUAUCAGUGAAGCGUAAUUACUUGCUAAUACAAUUUAAAGGCAAAGUCAAUAUAUGCCUACAUUAACAUGAAACGUGAUAGUAGGAUCUGUUUUGCAAACAAAACCACGUCUAGACUCCAUUGGCUCAGAUGUAAAUCAGUAAAAUACCAGGAAAACACACCCACACACCCACAGACAGACACACACACACACACACUCCACACACACACACACACACACUCCACACACACACACACACACACACACACACACACACACACACACACACACACACACACACACACACACACACACACACACACACACACACACACACACACACACACGGCAACCUACUGGCGCACAAGGAGAAUUGUGCAACAAUGGACCUCAUUGUAUUUGACAAGAGCUCAUAAAAUAUGUGAUUAUUAUUAGACUGAUGUUCCCAGAUCUCAGAGCCCUAAGCUAUAGCAGCACUAACACUCUGGAGUAUGUAGACCAUGAAUCAUGAUGACCUCAUACACGAGAUGUCUCACUCCAUCUUAAACUCAUAAACUUCUCAGUUUGGAUCAAAGUGUUUGCCUUUGUUUCCAUUAGAUUUCAUCUUACCGUCGACUGUAGAGGUAACGUAUCGUGAAGAAAAAAGUUAGAUAUGUCCAUCAGUACGUAGCACAGUGAAAGUAAAGCGCCCUUAUAUAGACUCACUAAAGAACAAAACAGACAAAGACAAAGAACAAAGUAUUUUUUAGUUACAUAGACUGCCACCUCCAAAUGAACAGUAAUAAACACCCAAUAAUCCAGAUUCCAAAGUAUCUAAUAUAAUUAUUAAUCAGUUUGUGUCAGGCAGCCAGACCAAUGCAGAGCACUAUGUCGGAUAACAAACUACUCCUGAAUAUGCUUUCAAACGACACACGAGCACGCAAAAUAUCCCAAAAUGCAAAUUUUCUAAAUAAUUUUCAUGAAUGGAUCAGACAUGUAACCUGCAACCUCAGGGUCUACUAAAAACAACCUCCCCCAUACCACUAAUUUACAUACGGCUGCGGGUAAUACCGCUUAUAAGGAGAAAAACCUUCAGCGGAGUUAAUAAGGAGAAAAGUGUUGAUAAGGAGAAAAGCACUUAUAAGGAGACAAGCCUUCAUAAAGAGACAAGCAAUCACAAGGAGACAAGCUAACAGGCUGAGGAUGUGGCUCCCUGCUCUCUUUCUCCUCCUCGGAGCGGUGCUGAACUCCUACAACCUGCUGGCCACGCUGGGCCAUCCGCGCCCGCUGCAGCCGUCCUCUCUGAUUAUCGGCCUCAUCUCUUCCGCCAACGUCCUGCUAAACGCUACCACCUUGGCCAUGCAUGUGGUGGAGUCUGAGCACGUGUUGCAACGCGCCCGCCUCCCGUUGUACCUGCCGGUGCUGUUGGUGGUGUGGCUGGGCACGAGCGCGGUCAGCUUCUGGAGUGUGGCGCUGCUCAGCACGCUCUACUGCGUCACGGUGGUCCGCUCCUCCUCGCCGCUCCUCCUCGCCGCCAGGAGGAACGUGGGAGUCGUGGUCCGUGCUGGGCUAACGCUGACGCUGGUCUCCUCCUACCUGGUGUUCCUCCCGUUCCUCAGCCUCCAGAGACGUCCCGUCCCGUGCUCGACCCACGCCUCAAACGACCCGAUCGCGCUGAACACCACCAACGCCUCGCAGAGUCUCCCUCAGACGGCCCUUCAGAACCUCCAAGAAAACGUCACCUGCGUCUCCUCUGCUGUCGGGUUUCCUGUCCGGCUGAAUAUGUACGUCUAUGUGGCCUCCUUCAUCAGCUACAUGCUCCUGCUCCCCAUGUGUACCAUGUUGCCUACAUCUCUGCGCUUGGUCUUCUUCCUCUUCUCCCACGCCCUGUCCAUGAAGGCUCAUCACGGCGGCGUCGGCAGCCCCGACUCCUACCUGCUGGUGUGUGGGGUGACGGUAGCCCUGGUGUGGGUCUUCAUCUGCACGCUGAUCACCAUCACCAUCUUCUAUAUCCAUAGCACCUACUACUCCAAGCUCAGCGCGGACUUCCUGUUCUACACCUUCUCCUUCUACUGCCUAGCGUCCGCCACCCUCCUCUCGGCCUCCAACCUCCCGCUGAGGCAGCGCCUGCAAGUGCUGUUCUGCAGACCGUGCGCUGUCCAGGGAUGAGUGCACCGUGACUUGAGUUUCUCCUCGUGUCACACAUGAACAAGUAGAAAGAUACGAUGGGGAUUGGGAAUGGCUGGAAAACGCCCCAUCCCUUUUUUGGUGAAUCAGAAAGGUAGUCAUCAGUUUCAUCAAAGAGGGUGCAAUUACUGUAGGUAGAAUUGUAUUGAGUUAUUCAACCUUAAAGGGGAUGUGUGUAGAAUUUUGUGCCAUCUAGCGGAACCGACUAGAUACAAAAUGAAAAAGAGUUAUGUUUUAAUUGGUUUGUAAUACUAUGAAAAUAAGAAUGGUUGUGUUUUCCUUACCUUAGAAUUAGCCCUAUAAAUCUACCAAGGGGGUGGGUCCUCUUCCA